AUGAUGGGCUCGGUGCUGCCCGCCGAGGCCCUGGUCCUCAAGCCCGGGCUGAAGCCGCAGGGGCUCUCGCUGGCCGAGGUGAUCACCUCCGACAUCCUGCACAGCUUCCUCUACGGCCGCUGGAGAAACGUCCUGGGCGAGCAGCUCUUCGAGGAGAAGAGCAGCCCAAAGACAGCGUUCACGGCCGAAGUGCUGGCUCAGUCCUUCUCCGGAGAGGUGCAGAAGCUCUCCAGCCUGGUGCUGCCGUCGGAAGUGAUCAUCGCCCAGAGCUCCAUCCCCGGGGAAGGGCUGGGCAUCUUCUCCAAGACUUGGAUCAAGGCUGGCACCGAGAUGGGGCCGUUCACGGGCAGGGUCAUCUCCCCCGAACAUGUGGACCUGUGCAAGAACAACAACCUCAUGUGGGAGGUGUUCAACGAGGACGGCACAGUGCGGUAUUUCAUCGAUGCCAGCCAGGAGGAUCACCGCAGCUGGAUGACCUACAUCAAAUGUGCACGGAACGAGCAGGAGCAGAACCUCGAGGUGGUGCAGAUCGGGAACAGCAUCUUCUACAAGGCCAUUGAGAUGAUUCCUCCAGACCAAGAGCUGCUGGUUUGGUAUGGGAACUCCCACAACACCUUCCUGGGCAUCCCAGGUGUGCCAGGGCUGGAAGAGGAGCAGAAGAAGAACAAACAUGAGGAUUUCCACGCGGUGGAGACGGGGGCCAGCACGACGGGGCGCAUGCGCUGCGUCAUCUGCCACCGCGGCUUCAACUCCCGCAGCAACCUGCGCUCCCACAUGCGCAUCCACACCCUGGACAAGCCCUUCGUGUGCCGCUUCUGCAACCGCCGCUUCAGCCAGUCCUCCACGCUCCGCAACCACGUCCGCUUGCACACGGGCGAGCGGCCCUACAAGUGCCAGGUUUGCCAAAGUGCCUACUCCCAGCUGGCGGGGCUGCGGGCGCACCAGAAAAGCGCCCGCCACCGGCCCCCCAACGCCUCCCUGCAGGCCCACUCGCCCGCCCUGCCCGUGCCCCACCCUGCCUCCCUGGCCCAUCACAUCCCCACCAUGGUGCUGUGA